CAAAUUGUUUAGUUCCCAUCGAUCGGAUCGACAAUGUCCAGUUGAAGGAAAAUAAACAGCUUUUGAUUAUACGGGAUCUGAGAAACUCGUGGAAAUGUGGAUGACCGCAUGCAGAACAAACGGAAUAGUGAUUUUUGAAGCGCCCCGCUAUACGAGAGGAGGUAAAGAGGGCGUGUAUUCUUCUUCGUCUUGUGUCAGUGUCUCGUUCCUCUUGAAGAAGGAAGCAGUCGAACUGUUCUCUUCACAACGAGUUUGACUGCUGAAGCGAUCGCUCGCUUAUUUCAAUACUUCCUCCUCACAUUUCUUGGGAAGAAAAACAAAACAGUGCGCUCUCGACAACUCCAUUCCCGUGUAUUAUUCGACGUCAGUUUCGUUUGUUUCCAUGGAAUUUUGAUACUUUUAUCACUUGAAAGAUCACAAUGUCUCGUCGGAGUAUCCAGUCAUCUUCUCAGCUAUUUAGCAGCAGUUGUCGGAUUGUUAUAAUGUUGGUGCUUCUAGGCCAAGCGUGUCGAGGAGAGCAACGGCAAGGUGAACCUUCACAAUACCCCGACGGUUAUUUUCCGUUUGAAGAGUCGCCAACGCGAACUCCGCCUAAAGUAAGACGACCACCCUAUGCACAAGCAGAUGUUGAUUGCCCUGGUAUGGAUUCUCCGGCGGCUGGAGACGGAGGCGUCCAAUCGCUUGACAACUUGUGUGGCGAUUUAAACAAAGGAUACAUCCCAAAGAGUCCCCUAGGUCGAAAUGUCAACGGCCAUUCAUAUCCUUUCGAGCUCAUCCGCAAUAAGACAUUGGACUUUUUCAGUUCUACACUUCCCAUCCUGAAGGCCGAUAAGAACCUGCCCAAAUUAGCUAAAUAUGAAGAUUUCGACGUCAUCGAUAAAAGCGAUCAACAGAUCUGGAAGGCGAAGAAGAGCAAGAGAUCCACAGAAGAGGAUGGGUCAGUCACACCGGAAAUCGUCGAAGAAGAAAAACACUUGAGGCGACAGGGAAGAGGCUUGUGCGACAAAAACUAUGGCAUACUUUGCACGAUCUUGAAUCUGAUAAACGGACGCUUCAUGUCGGCUAUCAACCCGCAGGAGAGGAUCGAGAACCCCGAUUUACUGCAACCUAAUAACUAUAAUACCAUAAAAAAUACCAACCAAAUCGGAGAAGAUCCGUUAACUCCUUGCCCUUCAGCAGCAGAGUACGUCACCCCUGUGUACGCCAAGAACUAUCAAGGCGUUUGGCGGUACGUGGUUCAGAUCCCCUACGAAGGCUAUUUCACUCAGACAGUUGAAGUAACGAAAUGCUUGAAAAAGAAAUGCCAUUUCAUGGAUGGAUCGUGUCUAGCGUCUCCGCGCUGGGUUAGUUUGUUGGUUGCAGAGCUGUUUUAUCCUCACGCCCGUUUCCCCGCAACCAAACCUGGUGCUGCGAGCCACAGAUCGAUGGGGAAAUCGGUGCUGGGCAAACUGAAAAAUCUUAUUCCCCCACGAGUGAUUCAGGAGUUACCGCCUUAUAUUCCUCGUAGUUUUCCGCUUGCGCAAACAGAAACAAUAGAAGAGAAUACGGAGCACGAAGAAGAACUAAAAGUGGAGGGAGAUGAUCAGUCGCCCAGGGAUAAAAGACAAGCUGCGUCUGAUCCACAAUCCAAAACGACCUAUUGCGACGGUGUCGACGAAAUUGGGUGCUAUCAGGUUCGUUUGUACUAUGAUUGGCUUCUCGUUCCUGGAAGUUGCAAAUGCUGGAAACAAGACUUCUUCACAAAGUAUGGCCGAAAGUAAAGCUCAUUCUAUAUGCGAGGGGAAACAAAUGUCGCUUUGGAUGUAUUUGUGGAAUCGGCUCAUCCGUGCAUAACUUCUUUCUUUGCUUGUUUGCGUCCAUACCGCAGGGUUUCGUAAUUAUGAUAAAAUGUGUUUCACAUCGUUAUGGUCAUCGCUCAUUCGUGAAGUUGUGGUUGUCUAAUCUUUUUCCCGCGUAUCAAAACUUGGGAUCAACUAUUUAUUUAGGUGGAGUGGGCGACAAGGGAAAAACAAAGAUAUGUGUUGUUAACCACUACGAAAUCUAUAGUGGAAUUUCGGUGUUGUUGUGCAUGCAAAAUUGUGUAGAAAAUUUGAAUAAAUAUCAACCUGCAAACGCUUUAAAUCUAUAACAACACUGACUUGGGCGUGCAUUUUCAUGACAAUGUGACUGAAACAUGGGGGACUGUCAUGUAUUUCCUCAACACAACAUACAUAAAUCCACAAGUGGAUGGGUAGUAGUAAUGCUAGUAAGUAUGAGGGUGACUAUUAUCAACUCUAAAAGAGCAAAUGCAAUUGUCACCGCAGGAGGCGAGUAUAACACACCACAGUGAAGAAAGGUAAAGGUGAAAUUAUUAACGGGCAGGCUAAAGUCAUUGAAAUGUUCUGCAGCGGCGUUAAACUACAGCAUGGAUUUGUUUUUCUUACGAUCUCACAGAGUUAUUAGCAAUACUUUUUCCUGUUUGUCCAGUUCAGAACCUUAACGUAACAGCGUCUCAGAAUUUCUCCCGAAUUUUCGAAUUUAGCUGAUUUAGGAAAAACUCGUUUCAAUCGCUCCUUCACUUUGAUUAAUAAUAAUUUAAAAAAAAAAUCCGAGCUUGAUCCAAGAUGCCCUACUAAAAUACGGUAUGAUAAACAGUGUUUCUUUCACGUAAUCAACCUGACUGAGAAAAGACGAACAAGAAGAAAAAGAAAAGACAACAAACGUUACAAAGAUUAAAAAAUAAAAAACAGCAAAGGGUUUGCAUCGCAAAUGAUUGAUAUAGAUGUAUAAAUCAAGAGAACGAUUAGCUUUGAAUAACGAGAUUCACACGUUGUGUUCUGAAGAUUCUUUUCCCCCCUCGUAAUACAUGUAAAUGUUUAAACUAGAAGAUGAUUUGAGAAAAGCCCGAUGAUUAAAGGGUGGAAUUAUCGUUCGAAAAAAAAA